CCUUCGGCCCCGCAGCUUUCUCUCUCCUCACCGCCGCGCGUGUGCCCCUCCUUUCUGUCUCCCUCUCUCUCUCCUCCGCGGGCGCUCCCUCACUCUCCUCCCAUCCGUCUAAUGGAGGCUCUCGCGGGCGCCGCCGCCGCCGCCUCGUCCGCGCUCCUCCCGUCCUUCCCCGCCCACCAGUCUCACUCCCGCGUAGCGCUCCGCGCCCGCCCCUGCGGGCCCCUCCGCGCGGCUUCCGCCGGCGGCGGCGGAGGCAAGGACGACGCCGCCAAGCCGAACGGGACCCCCGUCGUCAAGUCGAAGGUUGAUCCAAGUCAAAAUGGAGCUCUUGGUCCGGUCACAACUGAGAAGUCACGCACGACCUCAUCAACCAAUACGACUCCUGACUCAAGUGGAUCCAGAGCUGGCUUGUUCAGAACCCCUAUAUCAGGUGGUGUGCAGAGCGCGACUUUUGCCCAUGGUUUACCUCCACCGGCUUUGGCUGUUCGCAAUUUAAUGGAACAGGCGCGAUUUGCUCAUCUAUGCACUGUCAUGUCUGGCAUGCAUCAUCGACGUGCUGGAUAUCCAUUUGGUUCACUUGUUGACUUUGCUAAUGACUCAAUGGGCCACCCUAUAUUUUCUCUGUCUCCCUUAGCAAUCCACACUAGGAACUUGCUCUCUGAUCCAAGAUGCACACUUGUUGUCCAGGUACCUGGAUGGAGUGGAUUGUCUAAUGCCCGUGUCACGAUAUUUGGUGAUGUCUACCCUUUGCCAGCUGAACAACAGGAAUGGGCUCAUAAGCAAUACGUUGCAAAACAUCAACAAUGGGCGUCUCAACAGUGGGGAAAUUUUUACUACUACAGGAUGCAGAAUAUCAGUGACAUAUAUUUUAUUGGAGGCUUUGGCACUGUUGCAUGGGUAGAUGUGAAACAGUAUGAAACUAUUCAACCUGACAAGAUAGCAGUUGAUGGGGGCGAACAAAGCUUAAAGGAGUUGAACGCGAUUUUCUCUAAACCACUUAGAGAGUUCAUGUCUGCUGAAGGGGAGGUUGAUGAUGCUGCUCUUAUAUCCGUAGACAGCAAAGGGAUAGACAUUCGAGUUCGCCAGGGUGCACAGUUCAACAUCCAGAGACUUGCAUUUGACGUACCAUACAAGGUGGAGACUCUAGAGGAGGCCAAGAGAGCACUCCAUAAGAUAAUCAAGACAAGCAGCAAAUAAAGCGAAGGUCGCACACGCCCUGCACUUGGUUUCACCAGCCCUACAAGCCCGCUUUGUGAGUCGACAAAAAUAACGAAGGAUCAUGUAAUUUAGCGUACACAGAUGCAAAAUAAGAUGAUUUCUCUUUAAUAAUGAGAAGCUCUCUGGCAAGCCCCCAUAUAGUGUGUACCCAUUUGCUUGUAUCGCUUGAAAUGUAGUGAAGCUAUGUUGUGCAGCCUGGUGCUUAUGGAAGCCGGAUGCUUUUGUUGGACAAGUUAGUUGUUGGAUUCUGUGUCCCGGCAUAGUUAUUUUCACUGAAGCAUUA